AUGAACGCAGAAGUUUUAAUAAACAUAGAUGAUUUGUCUAAGUUGAUUAUAGUUGAUAAAUUUUCGAACAAUGUGCGUAAAAUUAACAAAGAUGCAAUGGCUGAAACGUCCAAAGACCUUGCAAAAUAUGAAGUUAACAAAAUAUUUUCUGAUUUUGCCAAAAACAAAGACAUUGAAAGUCUUCUCACUAAAUUAGAAAAAGUGGUCUGUGAGUUAAAUCUUUAUUUUAAAUUCAACAUUUCAUACAAAAAGUGGCUUAGGAAUUAUUUUAAGCUAUACCUCAGAUUCUUUCAUCCUGAUUCUAAAGUGAAAUUGGAAAAUUGUGUUAGAUAUUCUAAAGAAGGUUUCAAUGGUGUAAAAGUUGUGGCCAAUGAAGAUAUUCCUGCUUAUACUGUGAUGAAAAAUAUAUUUGGAUACUUCGAACCGCUUUCGUAUGAUGAAGAAAAAAGAUUAACGUUGUCUAAAAAUGAUUUUUCUAUAAUUAAAAGUUAUAGAUCCAAUAAAAACAACAUAUUUUUAGGAUCAAUAGCAUUUAUAAACCAUGAUUGUAAGCCAAAUUCUGAAUUUGUAUCAGCAGAAAGUCAUAUGGUUUAUUUAAGAACACUUAAAUGUAUUAAAAAAGGCCAAGAACUUGUAGUUUAUUACAGCAAUAAUUAUUUUGGUAAUGAUAAUUUGUUCUGUGAGUGCCUCACAUGUGAUAUGAUAGAUUUACCAAGAAAUGAAACCAAUGAAAUUGUAAUAAGCCAAGGAGAUUCAUCUGAUUCCAGGAUGAGUCUUAGCCAUGCAUCUGGAAAUAUGGAGGAUUUUUAUGGCUUUGCUCUGUAUAUAAAUUUAGAUAAAAAACUUGAUAGAGCUUAUGUGAAACUGGAAAUACUUCAUGAAUUAGUAAUUGAGCAAUAUCUCAUAGGACAGAAAAAUGGAGCAGGACUCUGCAUCUAUUGCGACCAUUUUAAAAUUAAACUUGAGAUUAUUUCACUCUGA